AAAAAAUUAAAUGUCUUUUUAGAUUUGUAGCCUAUGGUAUUGGACGGAGCCUCUUUUAAAAGUGACAUGACCUUGGAUGAUGAUAAAUCCCGACUUCGUGCUUAUAUUAACGAGAGGCUUAGUCGCAGUGGAGAAAAAGAAAAACUUAAAGACCUUUUACGAACACGCCUGAGUGAAUGUGGCUGGAGCGAGGAACUAAAAAGCCAUUGCAGAGAUGUUAUUCGGGAUCGCGGGAUUGAAAAUCUAACAAUAGAUGAUUUGGUAGCUGAAAUUACCCCAGUCGGUCGACGUAUGGUGCCAGACACAGUAAAGCAAGAGCUACUGGAUGAAAUCCGCAGUUUUUGAGUAAAGAAACAGAUAUACUUUAACUAUUAGGCAGAUCGUAUCUCGCAAUCUUCGAGUUUCAUUCCUAGUAUUAAAUCUACG